GGAGAGAGAAAGAGAGUGGAGCCCGGCACUGGAGGAGAGAACAGACAUCCAGCCGUUGGAGGAGCGAGACGCAACAAGAAACCGAAAAGCAGGAGAGAGUAGACAACGUGAGGGAAGACAAGCGCUCCGACGGCUGGAAACAUCCCGGAAAUAUCAGUUUGUUCUCCAUUUCCAGUGUAUUGAACCCGGAAUCAAAAGAGAAGAGUGAGAGCUAGCUAGUUCUGAAAGUGCUUAUAUUCCAUCCGGGCUGGUGACAGGUAGUUAUUUGACUCUGGUGAAGGUUAUUUAAAGGCUUACACGCGGAGAAGAGAGCAGGAAUAGAGGUAGAAGCCUGCAAGUUAUAGCAGGGCUGUCUGUGUGAAGAUAGGAGGAGGAGGAGGAGGAGAGUACAGCGGGCACAAAGAGCGGAGCAUCCAGGAGGAAGGAGAACUGCAAAGACAACAAGCGCAUCAUCCCUCUUUAACUUCUCAUCGCUGACCAUUAACUUCACCUGCAGCCGCUCUUACUUGAAAAGUGGUCCAGCAUCAGUUGCCGUUACCAAGGAUACCUGCUCCCGAUCUGUUUACUUCUCAUCCCGUCAAUUCCGAGUCGUCCUCUCAGCUCUGUCCCGAUGAAGGAGGCUGACGCCAUCAAGCUCUUUGUGGGGCAGAUCCCUCGGAAUCUGGAGGAGAAAGAUCUGAAGCCUAUCUUCGAGCAGUUUGGCAAGAUCUAUGAGCUAACAGUGAUUAAGGACAAAUACACCGGAAUGCACAAAGGAUGUGCGUUUCUGACAUACUGUGCACGGGAGUCUGCGUUGAAAGCUCAGAGUGCUCUCCAUGAGCAGAAGACCCUACCAGGGAUGAAUCGACCGAUCCAGGUGAAACCAGCUGAUAGCGAGGGCAGAGGAGAGGACAGAAAGCUGUUUGUUGGCAUGCUGGGGAAGCAGCAGAGUGAUGAAGAUGUCAGAAGGCUGUUUGAACCCUUUGGCACCAUCGACGAGUGCACUGUGCUAAGAGGACCAGAUGGCACCAGUAAAGGUUGUGCGUUCGUAAAAUUCCAAGGUCACGCUGAGGCCCAGGCCGCAAUCAACAGCUUGCAUGGAAGCCGUACAAUGCCUGGAGCGUCGUCCAGUCUGGUGGUCAAGUUCGCAGACACAGAGAAGGAGCGGGGGCUGAGGAGGAUGCAGCAGGUGGCUUCCCAGCUCGGCAUUUUCAGCCCCAUGACCCUCAACUUCCCUGCCUACAAUGCCUACACACAAGCCGUCAACGCACAGCUCGUCCAGCAGCAGGCCCUGGUUGCCCAGUCAGCAUACUUGUCUCCUGUUGCAACAGUUGCUGCUGUACAGAUGCAGCAGAUGGCGGCGCUUAAUGCCAACGGAAUCAUUGCCACACCCAUUACACCCAUCACGCCGUCCUCGGGAACAAACACCCCACCAACUAUCGCAGCGACACCUGUUCCAGCUCUGCCUCCGCCGAUUGGAGUCAACGGCUACAGCAGUGUUCCAGCACCAACCAAUGGGCAGCAGGCGACAGAAACUUUAUACACCAAUGGCGUUCAUCCAUAUCAAGAUUUUUGUAUCUCCCCAGCUCAAACUCCAGCUGCAGCCUUGGACCCGCUACAACAGGCCUACGCCGGCAUGCAGCACUACACAGCGGCAUACCCCGCUGCCUACGGAUUGGUCGGACAGCCGUUCCCCCAGCAGCCAACACUGGUUGCCCAGCAACACCAGCAGCCCCAGCAACAGCAGCAGAGAGAAGGGCCAGAGGGCUGCAACAUCUUCAUCUACCACCUGCCUCAGGAAUUCAGCGACUCUGAGAUGCUGCAGAUGUUCUUGCCCUUUGGCAAUGUCAUUUCAGCGAAGGUGUUUGUUGAUCGGGCCACCAACCAGAGCAAAUGUUUCGGAUUCGUGAGUUUUGACAAUCCUGCCAGUGCUCAAGCAGCCAUCCAGGCCAUGAACGGAUUCCAGAUCGGCAUGAAAAGACUCAAAGUGCAACUCAAACGGCCUAAAGACGCCAACCGCCCGUACUGAGCCACGACCCAAGGGAGCAGGAAGGAACUCAGAGGUGACCGUUCAGAGUCCAGUCGAGGUGGAAUCCCAAGGUGCAUUGUGCUUUCAGACUGUCUGCUGCCUUUGAGCGUCCAGGAGCGCAGUCACAAACAGACACACACACACACAAGCCAACACACUACAGACAAAAGCACUCCCAGAAUUGAACUUCAAACGGCACAUGGCUGAUUUAAAAAUGUACAUAAACUGCACAAACACAAACACAUCUGCUGACAAUAGUCAGCCGACAAUUCCAUGGAGCUGAGAGCUUGUUUUGCCAUGUGGAGUUUGCCAACAGGGUGCAUAGUUCAGACAACUCAGAGAGGGCAGAUGGUGAAAAUGCUGAUAUAUCUCUUCAGUAGUCUAUUAACUGACAAAUAUAGCGGGAGAAAUGUUUCUUAACAAAAUAGGGGGGAAAAAAGAAGACAAAGAAAUCAAAAUAAAGAGACUUUGGAGAAGAUCCUACUGACCUGUAAAUAAUUUAGUUUACAAAGAGCAGCAUUUAAAAAAAAAACAAGAAAAAGCAAAAAUAAUACUACUUUAGAUAAACACUGAACAGGACACAUUAUUAUUAUCAUAACCGUGAUUAUCAUUAUUAUUAUUAUUAUUAUUACCACUAGAUGCAUCGUCAUAAAGGGAUAAGACAUUCCAAAAUGUAAAUUGGGAAAUCCCUGACCUAUUUUAAAUUUAUACCUAGAUCUUAGCUGAGACACACAGGGAGGGCUGGGGUUGCACUUUUAUGCGGGUGGUUUGAAUAUUUGAGCUAAUUUUUAUUUAUUUAUUUAUUUAUUUUGUUUAUUGGGUGAAAAGGGUUUGAGAUUGGGUUGCAAUAUUUUGAUUUUAGUAUUUUCUAGAGACAAUUCUGGAGGGCCUGUUUCUGUCAGACUCUUGCCACUGCGUGAUUCAAAUGUAUGUUAUUAUUACAGCAGCUAUAUUUAUUUCUAAUUUAUUGAUCCCUGUUUUUUGAUCCACUCUGUUUUUGAGUUAAAAUUAAAAAAAAAGUAUCAUACUAAAA